AUGAAGCCGCUGAAAAUCUUCGUUCUGCUCUCAUCAUCAGUCGUCCUAUUCGAAAAUCUCGGGGCUUUUGGUGAAGUUUCGGCGGCGUCGACGACGGGAAGAAGAGGAGCGUUGAGUUCAGCAGAUGAUGAUGAAGCUGCUGCUUCGUUUGAUGUAUUGGAUAAAGAAGAUGCAUCGUCUAAUCCGGAGGAGGAGGAAAAGAAGAUGAACUCUUGGAUCGAUUUCUGCUCUUCCUCCGCUCGCGAGUUAUACGAAUCACCGAUCGAUCCGAUUUUAGAAUCCGAGGUACAAAACAGACGACAAGAUCCACCGAUAAAAAUCACCGACCGAGGGCAAAUGUGGUUUCGAGCGGAAUCGAAUGUACGUGCAGACGCGAGGACGAAAUCGGCGAUUUUUGAAAAGAGGUCGAAAUCAAUUCCUCUGAUGCUGUUUGGAGAUUCAAUCACGGAGUAUUGGAAGUUACGAGUGAACAGAGAAGUUUUGAUGAAAACUCUGAGAGUGGAGAAUGAACGCGACGUAUUCGUGAAUGGGAUUAGCGGGGACGAGACGUCGCACGCGCUGUAUCGGUUGACGCACGGCGCGUUUCCGAGAGCGACCGUGGACGACAUCGUGGUGAUGAUUGGGACGAAUAAUUUAGGACGCGCGUACCGGUUAGGAGUGGAGUAUUCGAAUAGGAUGAAGAAAGCUGACGAGGAGUGCUUGAACGAAGAGCAAGUGCGCGCGAUUCGCGAGGAGAUUCCAAACGCCGUCGCGGGGAUUUUAGCGGUGAUUGAAAAGAUUCGAGUGAUGUCUCCAAACUCGAGAAUCGUAGUUUUAGGUAUUUUACCGAGAGGGUUGAGAAAUGUGAGGGCGUGGACAGGCACGCCGCAAGCGUCCAUUCACGAUAUGGAGACGUCGCAACGCUUACCAGACGCCGACGCUUUAGAAUCGAGAGCAUUUAAAGGGCAGUUUACGUUACCGAACGUGUUUACCAAGGCGAUUGAUUUCGUCAACGACGCCGUGAAGAGAGGCGUUGAAAACGAGAAAGUUGGAGGAGAUAUGGUGUAUUAUCGCGAGUGCGCAGAUGCGUUUUUGACGGUUGUCGACGAAGAGAGCGAUGCGAAGAUGUUAAAUUACGAUUUGAUGAGGGACGCUUUGCAUCCGGACAAACCGAGAGGGUACGAGGCGCUCGGGAAAUGUGUUCGAGAUAUUUUGGAUUCGUUACCGGAGAACUGGGAGUUUCAAAACGUGCGCGCGCGAGAGAGCGGCGAAAUCGCGCAGAUGGGCGUAGCAACUUAA